UUAACAGAACAAGCAGAUGCAGUUGUUUUCUUACAUUUCACCUCUCGUUCCCUGAGUAGAAACUGCUAAAUUCAUGGAGCAGGUUGCUGUAGAUGAUCCCUCUUUAAAGGAUAGGGGAUGUAAAUCAAGGUGUAUGUCCACUCUGUCUGAUCUCAUUGAUCUGGGACUUGUUCUCCUGGACGUGGUCUUAGAUGUGUACACAGUGGUGUCUUUAUAUCAGGAGGAGGCAUAUGUGUUCAUGGGACUCCUGGUGUUCAUACUGCUGGGCUCAUCACUCCUGGUCAAUUCUUUCAGCUUGUUGUGGUACCUCGAUGGCAGGAGGGAGAGCAAGACUGAGAGCCUAGUCAAGAAUCUGGAUGGGAGGGACACCAGGAAAGAGAACCAUUUGAAGAAUCUCUGCUCUCUGAAGAUCCUCCAUGUGUUCCAGUUGGGAGUCUUUCUCAGAUAUGCUAGUGUGCUGAGGAUCUCGAUUUGUGGCUUCUGCUGUGAGAAGCUCUACACGACGGACGAGGUCAGAUCCCUGAAAAAUGACCUGUGCAUAUUGCGCCUCAUAGAGACCUUUUCCGAGAGCGCUCCCCAACUGGUCCUCAUGCUCACCAUCUUCAUCAUGAGAGAAGAUUUGGGACCCAUCACAAUCCUGAAGGCACUUCUUUCAGCGUUGGCCAUCUCAGCCAGUGUCACCACGUACCACCGUUCUAUGUGUUCUUUCGCCCCAGACAAGGCCAAGCAGGGCUGGGGCUUCUCUGUGCUCUACUUCCUGUGGAACCUGCUCCUGAUUGGAUCACGUGUGAUGGCGGUUGCCCUCUUCGCCUCAGCCUUUCCCCGCUACAUCGCUGCCCACUUCCUGUGUUCCUGGAUGGUUCUAUUUUUCUUCGCCUGGCGAUGCAAAACAAAGUUCAUGAACAGCGAUGGCAAAGAAUGGUUCGACCAGGCCACCGUAGGUCUCAUCUGGUAUUUCAACUGGUUUAACAUGGUGCCAGGCAAGAGCAGGUGGAGAAGCAUUGUCUACCACACCUGGAUGGUACUGGAUAUUGGGAUACUUUGUGGUUUUUGGGUUUGGCAGAUUAAAAAAUCUUCUCCGUAUUUUGACAUUCCACUAGAUCCCUAUUUUGUUCUUGGUGUGAUAAUGUCACUCUACUUCGCUGGGCUCGGUCUUAAGGUGAUAUUCAUGUACUGCCACCAGCAGACCAAAACUGAUGAACGUCUUGAAGGCACCACAAAUGAGAAUGAAGUUAACUCUGCGUUCCGCUGUGUGGGCCAUGAAGAAUCCUUCGGCCCCCCAGAACAGGUUAUCAGGGUCAAUAAGAGGAUGAAAAUUUUAGCGGAUAACUUCUACUCCUGAUCUGGAUCAGCUGAUGCUUCCCAAACAUUUUAUCCAACAUGGCAGCCAGGCUGGAGGCCACAAACUCAGUCCGUAAGCUUCUGCAUACCUGGGUAAACUGGUUUUUUAAUAUUAUGCAGCGCAUUUAAUUUGAA